GUCAUGGCUAAAGGAGAGUCAGGGUGUCCCUUUUCCUUUCCCAACAGUAUUGAGGCAGACAUUGAUGGUGAUGAGUAGAGAAUAUGCAGGCUCUGAAAACUCAGCCAGGAGCGAGAGGGAAAUAGUCUACAAGCCCAGUCUCAGCAGCUCACUACACAUAUACACACACACCUACAUACACUUACACACACACACACACACACACACACAUACCUACACACAUAGACUCAAUACACACACACACCUACACACACUCAAUACAUACAUACACCAACCUGCACACAUACAUACCUACAUACACUUACACACGCUCAAUAUACACAUAUACCCACAUACAUACACACACUUGCACACAUACACUCAAUACACACAUCUCCCCCCCCCCCCACACACACACACACACACACGUGCGUGCACUCCAAUUAAAGCUCUUAUCAGACUCGGUGCUUCAUACCUGUCAUCCAUAUCGUCUUGCGCCUCUAAACACUGUGGUCAUUGCCACCAUCAUUCUCAAUGACACUGGAGAAGAGCCCUGCCAUGUUGAGGGGGUCAGGGAAGAUGAAGCCAAGGUACAAAUUCCUCUCUGAAGAAAAGGCUUGCAGGUGUAGAUUUACCUAUAGCCAAGGUAUAAAGAGGGAGAGGUGACCACUGUGUUAUUUAUUCAAUGAUAAUAAUAGUAGUAGUAGUAUAACAAUAAAUCAAUCAAAUAAAAUGCCUGAGUUAGGCACUGCAGUUCUUGCCUUGAAUCCCAACACUUGGGAUGUAGAGACAAGAUCAUGAAUUCAAGGUCAUCCUCAGGAACAUAGUGAGUUUAAGGUCAACCUUGGCUACGAGAGACCCUGUCUCAAAAAAACAAAACAAAAACAAGAAAAACCACAAUAACUAAAUACAACGGCAGUGUGACGGUCCUGCUGAGACCUUCACUAGCUCCCAUUGCUGGAGGCGUGCGGUGGUGUGAAAGAAAAUGCCCCCCAAAGGGCGUGGCAUUAUUAGGAGGUGUGGCCUUGUUGGAGGAAGUGUGUCACUGUGGGGGUGGGCUUUGAGGUUUCCUAUGCUCAGGAUACCAUCCAGUGUCUAAGUUGACUUCCUGUUGCCUCUAAGAUGUAGGACUCUCAGCUCCAGUACUACAUCUUGUCUGCACGCCUCUAUGAUGAUAAUGGACUGAACCUCUGAAACUGUAAGCGAGCCGUCCCAGUUAAAAGUUUUCUUUACAAGAGUUGCUGUGGUCAUGGUGUCUCUUCACAGCAAUAGAAACCUUAACUAAGACAGGCGGAAAGUCCUGGUCUUCAGCUGAGGCUGUUUGACCUCCCAGGACUUAGCCCCUUUCCUCAGCCCACUCAUGACCCCUCUUCAACAGAGGCACACACACACUUUCCUCAGGUUUGUAACCUGGCUGAACCUUCCGUGGAUCCCCUACGGGCAGAAACUUGUCUGAAGCAUCUCUGCGUCCUGCGGAAUGCCUGAGAUGCAUUAGACUAAGCAAGCAUCUGUCCUUUUAACCCUGCACCAGCCCCUCUUUCCUGCCUAUCAGCACACACCAAACAACAACCCGACCAUCACCGUGUGCCUAUCAGCACACACCAAACAACAACCCGACCAUCACCGUGUGCCUAUCAGCACACACCAAACAACAACCCGACCAUCACCGUGUGCCUAUCAGCACACACCAAACAACAACCCGACCAUCACCGUGUGCCUAUCAGCACACACCAAACAACAACCCGACCAUCACCGUGUGCCUAUCAGCACACACCAAACAACAACCCGACCAUCACCGUGUGCCUAUCAGCACACACCAAACAACAACCCGACCAUCACCGUGUGCCUAUCAGCACACACCAAACAACCCCACCAUCACCGUGUGCCUAUCAGCACACACCAAACGUUGCAGAUCGAGUCCCUCUGAGCCAUCUCUGUGAGUGUCUGGGGCAGCCUGGAGCUGACUGGCACAGAUCCUGUCAGCAGCUCGGGUGUGUGGGACUGUGUUCCUGGGUUUCUUGGCUCUCUGGCUUUGUCAUUGUACAAACCCAACAGGUCCCCACCCUGUCUUUGGUUUCUUUAUCUGUUCAAAGUGGGAGAUAGAUCAAACAGUGCUUUGUAAAUUUUUAAAAAAUAUAGUAGAUCUUUUCUCAAAGAAUACCCAAGGGGGCUUUGGCAUUUGGGGAAUCAGCUUCAGUGUCUGUUAUUUUGAUGAAACACCAUGACCAAAAGCAACUUGGGGAGGAAAGGGCAUAUUUCACCUCUAUGUUGUAGUUCGUCACUGAAGGAAGUCAGGACAGGAACUCAAACAGGGCAGGAUCCUGGAGGCAGGAGCUGAUGCAGAGGCUGUGGAGGGGUGCUGCUUACUGGCUUGUUCAGUCUGCUUUCUUAUAGUUAUAGAACCGAGGGCCACGUGUGCAGGGAUGGCACCACCCACAAUGGACUGGGCCCUCCCUCGAUCAGUGAUUAAGAAAAUGCUCUACAGACUUCCUGCCUACAGCUUGUAGCUAGAGUUUUCCUGCCUGGCCCACAGUCAGGAUAAAUCUCUCUCACCUGCCAGCCCCACAGCCUCUCAGACCCGACCAAGUAAACACAGAGACUUAUAUUGGUUACAAACUGUAUGGCCGUACCAGGCUUCUUGCUAACUGUUCUUACAGCUUAAAUUAAUCCAUUUCCAUUAAUCUAUACCUUGCCACGUGGCUCGUGGCUUACCGGCAUCUUCACAUGCUGUUUCUCAUCAUGGCGGCUGGCAGUGUCUCUCUGACUCAGCCUUCCACUUCCCAGCUUUAUUCUCCUCCUUGUCCCACCUACACUUCCUGCCUAGCCAAUGGCCAAUCAGUGUUUUAUUUAUUGACUAAUCAGCAACACAUUUGCCAUACAGAACAUCCCACAGCAACAGCUGAUAGAUAUUAUGAGACAUUUUCUCAGUUAACUCUAGCUUGUGUGAAGUUGACAUAAAACUGGCCCAGUAGAUGAGAAUCAGUGGAGCUUCUCGAAGGUGCUACAUGGAUUCUUGGCAACUGGGGAAAACAGUACUCCAACGGGUCAUCUGGGAUGAUCUUGAGGAGAGGCAGAUUGGAUGGCCAAAGAGUGUUCCUGAGACCCCAAGAGGGGCCAGCACAGUCCCAGGGGUGACUUAGGUUGGGGCAUCCACUCCAGACAUGGGUGAGGGGUAUAAGGAAAGCUUGGGGGGUUCAGCAGAUGGCUCCCUUACGUAAGUGCAGCCCUCAUCCCGAAUCCUGGGCUGUAGGCCAAACUAUGCUGUGACUGCAAACAGACAAGAUUGACCUAAAGCUUCACAGGACAAAGGCCAUCCAGGACAACAGGUGCUGUGUCCAGGGCACCUCCUCCUCUAGAUGGCCUUGACACUAUAAUAAGUAGCUAGGGUCCCAGUGCCUUCUUGGCACCCAGCUACCCUCCUAUGUUGGCCCUUGGCUCUCUUGCCUGGCUUCUGAGGUCCACCGUAUGAAGGCCAGAUCCAUGGACACCGUGACCUCUGAUGGAUGGUAGCCCUUUCCCGUUGGCAGUAGGCUAGUAAUGUAAGAUCCCUAGAAGUGUGGAUGAUGGGGGAGGGCUCAGGCCUGGGCCAGCCCCUGAGGGCUGGAUUCUGGCUACAGACUCUCCACUCAUCAGUACAACCCCUUCCACUUCCAGAGUCCAAAGGUCCAUGUGGUGAGCAGGUUGAGCUGUGCUAGACACAACAGAGGGACCUCUGGUGGGUGGGCAGCAUGGGCUUUGAGGAGCUCCUGGACAAGGUGGGUGGCUUUGGUCCCUUCCAGCUACGGAAUCUGGCACUACUGGCCCUGCCCCGAGUGCUGGUACCCAUGCAUUUUCUCUUGCCCAUCUUCAUGGCCUCCGUGCCUGACCACCACUGUGCCCUGCCUGGUGCCCCUGCCAACCUCACUCACCAGGACUUGUGGCUGGAGGCCCAUCUACCCCGGGAGACUGAUGGCAGCUUUACCUGCCUCCGUUUUGAGCAUCCCCAGCCUCUCCCCAAUACCACCUUGGGGACAGAGGCACACGGCUCUGGGAAGCCCGAGGAUGAGCCCUCCACAGUGCCCUGCUCUCAGGGCUGGGAGUACGACCACUCAGAAUUCUCCUCCACCAUUGCAACUGAGUGGGAUCUGGUGUGUGAACAGAGAGGACUGAACAAAAUUACAUCCACCUGCUUCUUCAUCGGUGUGCUGCUGGGGGCUGUGGUGUACGGAUACUUGUCGGACAGGUUUGGCCGGCGCCGGCUUCUACUGGUGACCUACGUGAGCUUCCUGGUGCUGAGCUUGGCAUGUGCAGCCUCAGUCAACUAUAUCAUGUUUGUCCUCACCCGCACCCUCACUGGCUUAGCCCUAGCUGGGUUCACCAUCAUUGUGUGGGGUUUUAAAACAGGGGCUGGAGAGGUGGCACCUGGAAUCUACAGCCUGCGAGCUCAGGAGGUAGAGGUGACUUGCAAGACUUUCUCCCCUAGGUGGGUACCUGAGUCUGCACGAUGGCUUCUAACCCAGGGCCGUGUGGAGGAGGCCCAGACAUACUUGUUCCGCUGUGCCACGCUCAAUGGGAAGCCUGUGGGUGAGGACAGCCUGAGCCAGGAGGCCCUGAACAAAGUGGUCGCCAUGGAAGGGGGGCAGCAAAGACCCUCAUACCUAGACCUGUUCCGAACACCGCAGCUCCGGCAUAUCUCACUGUGUUGCAUGGUGGUGUGGUUUGGAGUGAACUUUCCCUACUAUGGCCUGACUCUGGACGUGUCCGGGCUGGGGCUGAACGUGUACCAGGUGCAGCUGAUGUUCGGGGCUGUGGAGCUGCCUGCCAAAGUCACAGUCUACUUCCUUGUACAUUGCGUGGGACGCCGCCUCACGGAGGCUGGAAUGCUGCUGGGGGCCGCUCUGACCUUUGGCAUCAGCCUGCUGGUGUCCUUGGAGACCAAGUCCUGGAUCACUGCUCUGUUGGUGUUGGGAAAAGUGUUUUCUGAAGCUGCUUUCACUACAGCCUACCUGUUCACGUCUGAGUUGUACCCUACUGUGCUCAGACAGACGGGAUUGGGGAUCACUGCACUCCUGGGCCGGCUAGGGGCCUCUUUGGCUCCACUGGCGGCCUUGCUGGAUGGAGUAUGGCUGAUGCUGCCCAAAUUUGUUUACGGGGGAAUUGCCCUGCUGGCUGCCUGCACUGUACUCCUGCUACCUGAGACAAAGGCAGCCCAGCUGCCAGAGACCAUCCAGGAUGUGGAAAGAAAGAGUAUUCAGGAAGAAGAUACGCCGAUCCAGAACUGA